GCUUAGUGAGCGCUGCUUUGCCGAAGUCUGUAUGGAGAUGGAACUGAUAAGUCUUCGGGUGGACUGUCAAAUGUGGAGUUAAGUUGCUAAAACAGCAUUUCAAUAGGAAUAAAUGAAAUUUUGCUUAAAUGCUGUUUUUGUCUCAUAGUCAAACUAGUGCGCCACUCCUCAGUUGAAAAACGAAUAGCCUGGUGAGCUGGCUAGCUACAAGCUUGGCAAUGAGAGAGCGUACAUUUUCCUAUUUCGCUAGCUAGCUAACUGUUGCGCUUUCACGUUCAGCCAGCCACGUUACACACCAGAUUAGUCAUCCACUUUUUCUGAUAUUCUUUCCUUUGCGUUUUGGAAGAGAUGCGAGACCUUAAGGUAGCAUACUAGCCUUCGCUUAGAAAUAAGAAAAUAAUAGAAAAGUAGAAUUUCAAAGAAGAACUACGGACGCCUCGCUUCACAGGAGCAACACUCGUCCAAAACGUAGACGGGGGAAGUAACGUUAGCUACGGACGAACAGAAGUGAGGAUCACAUUGUGUCGCGUCGCCGGGGAGACCAGCCGUCUGACUGACAGGUGUCACCUCACCGGAGGGGCCAGCUGUCUGUGAGACCUGCCUGCAGAGUCCCCAGGUGCAUUCUGGGAGAGACAGGGCUUUCUACACACAGGACCGGAGGGCUUGCAGUAAGAGGAGUAGGAAGAAAAGAAAGACAAGAUCCAAACUCUGAGAAAAGAGAGAGGAAAAAGUAGGGGAGCGGAGGAGGAGUGAGAGAACAUAAAGGCGUGUGAAGACGAGCCAGGGAGGAGAGGAGCGAGGGAACGCGCAGACAGGCAGAAGAGGAGGGAGAACAGGUAGAAGGAGGAAGAGCAGAAGGAGGAGGAGGAGGCGCUGGAGCCGGGGAGCAGUGCAUCAUGGGUAAGCAGAACAGCAAGCUGAGGCCGGAGGUGCUGAACGACCUGAGGGAGAACACGGAGUUCACCGACCACGAGCUCCAGGAGUGGUACAAGGGCUUCCUGAAGGACUGCCCCACGGGCCACCUCACUGUGGACGAGUUCAAGAAGAUCUACGCCAACUUCUUCCCCUACGGCGACGCCUCCAAGUUCGCCGAGCACGUCUUCCGCACCUUCGACACCAACGGCGACGGCACCAUCGACUUCCGGGAGUUCAUCAUCGCGCUGAGCGUGACGUCCCGCGGGAAGCUGGAGCAGAAGCUGAAGUGGGCCUUCAGCAUGUACGACCUGGACGGAAACGGCUACAUCAGCCGCGCAGAGAUGUUGGAGAUCGUGCAGGCGAUCUAUAAAAUGGUCUCCUCCGUGAUGAAGAUGCCAGAAGACGAGUCCACGCCGGAGAAACGCACGGAUAAGAUCUUCAGACAGAUGGACACUAAUAACGACGGCAAACUCUCUCUGGAGGAGUUCAUCAAAGGUGCCAAGAGCGACCCCUCCAUUGUCCGGCUACUGCAGUGUGACCCCAGCAGUGCCAGUCAGUUCUGAGAGACUGAGAACGGACAGACGGACACACUGACUGCCCCCCGCCCACCACAUCCUCAGCUGGACCAAUCCUCACUGUUCUGCCCACUGCCUUGUUCUUACAGCGCCCUCUAUGGGCACGUUACUAUUAUUAUUAUUAUGAUUGUUAUUAUUAUUUUACAUGUUUUAUCCAUCUUAAUUUUGGAGGCAGGAGUUACCGAUUUGAUUGGAUUCACGGAGGUAGUCUUUGGUUUUUAAACAAGUAUUUUUAUUUUGUUUUUCUUGACAUGUCAGUUCCUUUGGAGAUGAUGUUAAAUAUUGAAUGUGUUCCGUGCACACGAGCUGCUUCCUGCCGGACUGUUCCAUGUUUUAAACCCCCCCCCCCCCCCCGUGGCUUCGCUUCUCUGCCCUUGUCGACGGGCGUGGCCCGGGCUGCCCCAUCGCGGCUGAAUGUAGUCCGGAGCCCGCUGGGAUUUUAAAAAACGCAAAGCGUCGCUUCUUUUUACGGGACUCGGCAUGCGACCGCGCUGUUUUUCGAUGCCCUUCCUCCCUCUCCUUUUCAGCUCUUUCUUUACUCCCCCUCGGUUAUUCCUCUCGCGUUAUGCUAGUGAAGUAUAGACGAAAAAAAAAAAUGUUUGUUACCGUUGCCUUUGAAUACAGUCUUAGUUAUGGAAAAAAUAAAAUAAAAGAAAGACGUGCAAUUGAAGAAAAAAAAAAAAUAUAUGAGAAAAACUUGAUAUGAAAAAAAAAAACAGAAAUACGAUAUUUAUGUUGAUAUGUGGAA